CGCCAUUUUGCUCAGUCUUCAACCCUAGUUCAGUUCUAGUUUUCUGUUUAAAUAUCUUUUGAUUUUGGGGAUCGGAACCGUCGAAUCUCCGCUCUACCUGUUUUUGUAAUUCUCUCGGGAAGCCGAAGCUUAAGUUCUGGUAGAUGGGUCAGAUUCAGUACUCUGAGAAGUACUUCGAUGAUACUUACGAGUAUAGGCAUGUGGUGCUCCCACCCGAUGUGGCAAAGUUGCUUCCGAAGAAUCGCCUUCUCUCGGAAAAUGAGUGGCGUGCAAUUGGAGUUCAGCAGAGUCGUGGGUGGGUGCACUAUGCUAUUCAUCGACCUGAGCCGCAUAUCAUGCUAUUCCGGAGGCCCCUGAACUACCAACAGCAGCAGGAGAACCUCGCUCAACAGAACGUGCUUGCUGCUAAAUGAUUGUUUCAUUUUACUGAUCAUGUGGAGUGCUACUGGCUAGAAAGAAAGCAGUCAAUAUAAAGGUUUUAAAAUGGAAAACCGUGCGCACUUUCCUGGUAUUUGUGGUCAAUCGUCCUGCCUAAAAAAUAUGCUGGAGUUUCUACGUUUACUCUGAACUCUGUAUGGUUGUAGAGGUGGCUCAUAUAUAUAUAUGCUUCUGUAUCUUUGCUUGACUCUGCAAUUCUAUGGAUUUAGAACCAGAUGUGGGUUUGAUGGAUCUUGGUCCUUAACUUUCUGUGCUAAGGUAAAUUGUUUAUAUGCUUCAUCUUUCCCAAUCUUACUGUUUCUGGAACAAAAGUUAGAUUUUAGCGGCCAUGAAUCAUUAUCUU